AUGUCUGGCUUCCUUUUGCCGAUGGUAGUAGUAAUGUUUUGUCAUAAAGAACUGCUCCCUUACUCAGCCUCGAGUAAACAGAUGGAAAAGGCCAUUCAAUUGGGGCGACAGAAUUCCAGGGGAUCCAAUGGCAUUAUCUACCUUCUAUGCUACCAGGGCCGUCGUCUUUGCAACUACAGGUAUCCAAUUAUCAUAUGGAGAACGGGAAUCGACCAUCUUCACGACAUAAAGUAG